GACUAUGCUUUGAUUGGCUAGAGAACGGACCCUGGUGUCAUGCAAGAUCACCGCUCAGUACUCUACCGCGCUUGAAUGUACUACUUUGAUGCACAGUCCUUGAGCUAAUUGAGCGUUUCCGCCUCCUACCAUUGGCUAACCUGCGGCCAGCUCCGGGAACACAUUGAAUAAAUUAACAUAAUCACAUAAAAAAAAUUCAAUAUGCUCCGCUGAAUGUGAGCUUUUUUAGCUUGCAUCAGGGUUUUGAUUGGCUAUGCUGACAAUUCAGUUCCUACUUUAUUUCGCCCGACGCUUUGCUAGUUGGAAUUCAAUCUUUCCUUUUCACUUUAUCCCUUGCUUUUUUUCUGCCGCCCCCUUUGCUUGCGGGCCCCUACUAGUCAAGAUGGAUAUGUCAAAUAUGAGCAUGGACAGCACGCCAGACAACGUCAAUACACCGUAUGGCGCUGCUCUCUGUGGUGUAUUAGCUGGUUUUAUAGCUCUGUUAACACUUCGAAGAACUACACUAGCCGCUGUACGUUCAUUCAACAAACGUUCGUACUAUCGAAAACUUGGUAAAGAAGAACAAAUUGCGAGCAAACCAAACAACAGUAUAUACCACAAAUUGGAGAAUCUGAUUAUAAACAAAUUCAGCUGGACACCAUACCUCGGCUCGUACACACUUUUGCCGCCAUUAGGAGGAAUUUUCAUUGCUUGCGCUUUAGUCUCCACAAUUGUGCCACUAUUGCUUCUCAAUGUUGAUCUCAAGCUCAAUUCUGACAGAGCUGGCUUUAUCUCCCUUGCCAUGAUACCGUUUAUCUUUGCAACUACUGGAAAGUCAUCCGCUUUGGUGCUCCUGACUGGUAUCUCACAUGUCCAACUCAACUAUAUGCACCGAUUGUUGGGAACAGCUAUUAUGGCUACUACUACAGUGCAUAUGUCCUAUAUGCUCACAGCAUGGUGGCCAUUUCCAUCAUUUUAUCGAUCGCAAGUAGCCACUCCUAAGGUUCACUAUGGCCUGGUUGCUUAUUCUUCAUUAUGCUUUAUCUUUUUCUUCUCAUUAUAUCCCAUCCGACGUUAUUGCUACGGUCUCUUCGUAUCUACUCACUUCCUUUUCCUGGUGUUCAUUAUUGCUGCCGGUCAUCAUACUCCUUAUGGUAUGCGAUAUAUUGCAACCGGCAUUAUUCUCUACAUUAUCAAUGUCUUGGCUGGUUGGUUUGUGAACACCUAUUUGACUCGAGCAAGAGUUCAUAUACUGGAAGGAGAAUGCACCCGACUUGUCAUCAACAGCGAUAUGAAGCAUGAAGCCGGUCAACAUGUCUACAUCUGUAUUCCAAAGAUCUCACCUUUCGAGUGGCAUCCCUUCACCAUUACAUCCGCGUCGAAAGAUACUGAUUGUAUCGAAUUACACGCAAAGGUUGCAGGAAACUAUACUCGUCAUCUGAACUCUUUUCAAGAUGGUGAUGAGAUCACCCUUUUUGUUGCUGGGCCAUAUGGUACUGGAUCAUCAAAUUUGGGAUCCCACGAAACAUCAGUCAUCAUUGCCGGCGGAUCAGGAAUCACCUUUGCUAUCCGACAUUUGAAGGAACUAGCAGAUCUGUCCUUGGAGCAGUCAAACUCAACCACGCAAUCCGUCACAUUUGCUUGGUGUGUCCGUCAGCCAGAGCAUCUUUCAUGGUUUGAAGACGAUAUUGCAGAUUGCCUGCAAUCCUUCAAAGAGAGCGGUGUUUCGGUAACAAUUGGCUUGUACAUUUCUCGCCCUGAACCGGAUCAAACGUGUCAGUCUAAACUUGCUUACGAUAAUCGAGUUCAGUAUCUUCCUCGCUAUCAUUCAACGUGUAACAAUAAAAUACGGUCACACCGCUGAUCGUGCAGGAUUUCCCUCUUAACAUUCAUUGAUGACAUUAACAGUUGGCCACGCAAAGCAUUGAUCGUACGUUCUUAGCGCUACAGUUCAGUGCAGCAUUUAUUUGGUUUGGUUGGAGGGAACAUACUUUUUCCAAGCGUCAACAAAUGGAUCAUU